AUGUCCUACCCGCAGUUCGGAUACCCCUACUCCUCGGCUCCCCAGUUCCUGAUGACCACGAACUCCCUGAGCGCCUGCUGCGAGUCUGGCGGCCGCACGCUGGCGGAGUCCGGGCCAGCCGCAUCGGCCCAAGCGCCCGUCUACUGCCCGGUCUACGAGAGCCGGCUGCUGGCAACGGCGCGCCACGAGCUCAACUCGGCCGCGGCGCUCGGCGUCUACGGGGGUCCCUAUGGUGGCUCGCAGGGCUAUGGCAACUACGUGACCUACGGCUCCGAGGCAUCCGCCUUCUACUCAUUGAACAGCUUCGACUCCAAGGAUGGGACGGGGUCUGCGCAUGCGGGCCUGGCGCCCGCCGCAGCCGCUGCCUACUACCCUUACGAGCCGCCGCUGGGCCAAUAUCCAUACGACAGGUACGGAACCAUGGACAGCGGUACGCGGCGGAAGAACGCCACGCGCGAGACCACGAGCACGCUCAAGGCCUGGUUGCAAGAGCACCGCAAGAACCCCUACCCCACCAAAGGCGAGAAGAUCAUGCUGGCCAUCAUCACCAAGAUGACCCUCACGCAGGUCUCCACCUGGUUCGCCAACGCGCGCCGGCGCCUCAAGAAGGAGAACAAGAUGACGUGGCCGCCGCGGAGCAAGUGCGGGGAUGAGAAGCGGCCCUACGGGGAGGGCGAGGAGGAGGAGGGCGAGGAAGAGGCGCGGGAGGAGCCCCUCAAGAGCACCAAGAACGAAGAAGCCGUCAGCAAAGAGAAGGAGCUAGAGCUCAGUGACUUGGAUGACUUCGACCCCCUGGAAGAGGAGACUCCCGAGUGCGAGUUGAAGUCACCCUUCCAGACCCUGGACAGCGGGCUGGAGCGCGUCCCCGCUGCCCCGGACGGUCCUGGUGCCCCGGGCAAGGAGGCCUCCGGCGCCCUCCGAAUGCCUAUGGCCGCCGGUGGCGGAGGCUGCCUGGACGAGGACCUGGAGAGAGCCCGGAGCUGCCUCCGAAGCGCAGCGGCGGGGCCCGAGCAGCAACCGGGCUCAGGGGGCGGCCCGCAGGCCUGCGAGGCCAAGCUGGGCUUCUUGCCCCCCGGGGUGACAACGGGUCUCGAGGCCAAGCCUCGCAUCUGGUCCCUGGCGCACACGGCCACCGCUGCCGCCGCCACCGCCCUGAGUCAGACUGAGUUUCCAUCGUGCAUGCUCAAGCGCCAAGGCCCCCCCGUCCCCGCCGCCGUCUCAUCUGCGCCCUCUCCCACGGCCCCUGCCCCCACCGGUGCCCUGGACAGGCACCAGGACUCCCCAGUCACCAGUCUCAGAAACUGGGUGGAUGGGGUCUUCCACGACCCCAUCCUCAGGCACAGCACUUUGAACCAGGCCUGGGCCACCGCCAAGGGCGCCCUCCUGGACCCGGGGCCGCUGGGACGCUCGCUGGGGGCGGGCGCCAACGUGCUGACGGCACCCUUGGCGCGCGCCUUUCCCCCAGCCGCUCCCCAAGACGCCCAGGCCGCGGGUGCGGCCAAGGAGCUGCUCGCCUUGCCCAAGGCCGGCGGCAAGCCCUUCUGCGCCUAA